UUGGCGUCAGGCGCGAGUCGAGUCAACAUUCAAGGCACGGAAGGAGCACAACACGCCAGACACAUUAAGCACUUAGCAGUCGCGAUGGCUUCUGCGAGUGUGGUGGGCCAACACCCGGCCCCGCACAGACUGGACUCGGAACCGCUUCUCCGAGUCUUUAAACCGGCCGCCAGUAGGAAGAAAAUCACCCUUCCGAGGAAGUCUUCCUGGGAGAAAAUGAUGUUGAGGAGAUGCGGUUCCGUCACCGCUGCGAAUCAAGCCGGAACGUGCCAUUUGCCUGCAGGAUCAGCGGGUGAUACGACAGUCGGUGAGUGCCGGGGAGCUUCGUCUGCACCCGCUUCGCCACGUAGCCCGGACCGACCCGGGCAGAAAGGCAGCGGCGUGCGCUCCGACUGGCGCUCCCCGGUGCGGAGAGACACUCAGGAGCGCAACGCGGAGGCUGCGCUCCAGCGUUCCCCCGUCGAUGUCACGAACAGCACGUCGCUUGCUGCCCGGCACCGGCAGCAUCUGCACAGCGGACGGGAGCACACCAACAAAGAGGUUGCACACCAGAGCUUUUUUAGCUCGGGGUCCUCCCGGAACGAGAGCGGGGGUCUUCCUUUGGACCGGCUCACACAAGGCAGGACCGGAGUGGUGAGGUUGGCCCGCACCGAGCCUCCCCGCAGAGAGGCCUGGGCCAUCUUUCCGCGGGCGUCCGAACUCCGGCUGACGGUCGACAAGGGCGCAGGACACCGGUUCGAAGCCAAGGCAGUUACGCAGGACUGGUGCGACGCUUGUAGCUGUCAGAUCACCGCACAGGCCCUCGAGUGUCAAAAUUGCACCUAUACCUGCCAUCUGGAAUGUGAGAGACAAGUCCAGUUGGACUGCAACCAGAAGGACAACAAGCCUGAAGAAACUCCAUUUCCCAAAAGCCACUGUUCCACAGCAGAACACAGAAAGAGUGAGAAAAAGGAGGAAGAGCAGGGGGAUGUAAAAGACCUUCCUGAAGGAGAGGUGAACACCAGGAUAGAAGAAUAUAACUCCAGAGUGUCAGAGAAUGGCAUGAAAUUGGCUUCAGACGGCUCCUACACGGGUUUCAUCAAAGUCCAUCUUAGGCUCAGUCGACCCGUCACAGUAGAGGAGUCGGUCCUGGGAGCUCCUGAUGGCUCCCCAUCAGAACGCCAAGACUGUCGGCAGGGUGAGGACAGAACCUCCUUCUACCUCCCAUGUGACUGCGUGAAACAGUUGCACAUCAGUUCCAUGACGACAACCAGAGAGGUCAUCCAGGGCUUGCUGAAGAAGUUCAUGGUGUUGGACAACCCUCGCAAGUUUGCCUUGUACAGACAAACGCAUCGUGAUGGACAAGAUCUGUUCCAGAAACUUCCUCUGUGCGAACGUCCCCUUCUUCUCCGACUAUUAGCAGGGCCUGACCCAGAGCAGCUCAGUUUUGUCCUCAAGGAAAACGAGACUGGAGAAGUGGAGUGGCAUGCCUUCUCCGUCCCAGAGCUCCAAAACUUCCUGGUCAUUCUGGACAAAGAGGAGGCGGAGCGUGUGCGAGCCGUGCAGUCUAAAUAUACAAUGUAUAAGCGCAGACUUCAGCAAGCUCUACAGCAACACGACCCCUGACCCCCCCGUCCUCACCUGGUACCAUGUGACCUCAACACGGGGAGAGAUUUAACCCUUUCAACACUGAAUGGCCACCUUUCACCGCUCCAGUGACCUGCCAUCUAUUCAAACAGACACACACGGGCUUUCUCAGGACACAUAGUACACACGCACACACACUCUUUGCUCCAGGAGACUUUCGGGGUGUUGGGACUUUAGCAAGACUGGGACUACAGAGUGUUGUAUUGCAUUUAAGAAUGACCCCUUCUCUUCCUGCUACUGCUGCUACUGCAAAGUGUUACUUAUGCAUGAGUCUCUUUCAGCUCCCAAACAUAACCAGACACCCAUUUAGAAUGAAAUUGAACGCAUGAUUACCUUAGUAGAAUGAAAGGACAAUCAUUGCGAGUGUGUUUUCUUUCACUGAAAUGUUGGCUGUGAUGCGCAAGAAUUAGGUGUUCAUUUGAUUGCUUGAAUAGAAGACGAGGGAUGGAGUUGUGCGAAACGUUCAGGGCUGUCUGGUGAACAAAGAAAAAAAGCUUGAAAAGCAAUUUAUUCAAUCCUAGAGUUCGGCAAGUGAUAAGUGUGUGUAAUAAGGUCCAGCCUCCUUUCAGGUGACGAAUGUCUGAGGUCCUCCUGCAAUUGAAGCCAUUUUGUGACUCAAAAACACUGUUUGUGCACAUUGGAUGAUUAUGUUUGCAGCAAACUCAGAGGAACACAUCCAACAUGGUGAUUUUAAAAUGUGGCAAACACAUUUGUAUGCUUUUUCAAUUGACAAGUGGCGCUUACAUUGACCAGCCCCAACAUUUGGCACGGAAGUUUUCAGAGAGCUCGUCGAGUGUGCUGUUUAUUUAACAAAUGUUUUCUAUUGUGGUUGUAGUCAUUAUAAUCCUAGCCGUAUCUAAUUACACAUAAUUAUUGGCUCACAAGUGGUUAUUAAAUAUUUUUGGCUGUACCAGUACUACAAGUUUGAUCAGAUUGUGCUAAACUCAUUUUAAGACUAAAAAAAACAAAUCUAUCUUAAGAAAAGGCUGUGGGCAGAAAAAGAAGAUAAACCACCAGUUUGAAAUUUAUACAGGUAACUUCCACAUGAAUUAAAAGUAACAAAGAGAAAAUCAUCAUGAGGGUUAUGAUGUGCCAAUGAUGGGUUUGUGAUGCAUACCAUGUGAUAACUACCCAAAGUAGACACUGGAAAAUCAUGGUUUGUUGUGUUAUGAUGAAUAUCAUUGUUCUUUUGGCAUCAUCGUGCGUGUGGAGAUAAUGUGAAUUUUUCUUUUUUUAAAUUUUCUCUCACACAUGCUCAUGUGGCCUCUUAUCAAAACGUGCAUAGUGUGCAUGACUUCCAUCUUCCAAUUAAGUUGCAUGAAUGAUAAAUUUGACUUCAAAUCAUCGUUUUAAGCAAUUUCAUGUAAUAUUUUAACCAAAGAAUUUAAUAAAUUCUCACAUAAUUAUGUUUAGUCAUUUUAAAAUAAAUGAUAAGAUGCCACUUGUCCAUUAGCACUUUGUUAGCUUAAUACCAUAGUUGCAUGAGUCAUAUUUGGACAUUUUUGGUAAACAAGAGUUCAGGUAUCUCGAUUUAACUCAACGUGGUAUCACAACCUGACCGACAGAGAAUCUACACAGAUUUUUUUUUUUUUGGACUGGUGAUUUUGCUAUUAAGCUAACGAAAUGCUUGUUCUACUGUGUAAAAGUAGAGCUGACCCUGCAGGCAGUGCCUUUUGUUCCCCGUGUGCUGAUGUAACUGCACAUGUGCCCAAUGGAUGAAGUUUGUCCCCGAAUACGCCAGGCGGCUCCUCCGUAUGCGUGCGCUUGUAUGUAUGCAAAUAUUUGGUUUUCUUUGAACUACUGUCACAUGUUACUUCACUCUCUUCCAUUAUUUGUCAUUCCAACAAACCAUGUAGGCGUGUGUCUGACUGACUGUUAUUUAUGUAAUUAUAUGCCCAAGGGUUGAGGCGUUGGUUGUCACGCUUUUUGACAACUUCUUUCAUUUGACUUGAAAAGCGUGUGAUAAUUAUAUCAAUAGCGAUGUACAGACUAUCAAAGUGAAAUAAUAAUAAUAAAAAAAAAGUUAGCUCUUUAUGGAAAUCA